AUAACCGUGUCUUAACGGCGUGACUGUGCGUUGGUUGUAGUAGUUGGCAUUGGUGUGAGCUCACUCUCUCGUUCGAAGCUCCCGCAGCCACCAGUGAGAGCCAGCGAGCGAGCGAGUUCCGAUCGCUUCGCUGCACGAGUUCGCCGUUGCCUCGCCGGAAAAUCCGAGAUCUCUUAUUCUCCGACGACGACGACUCAGAUAACUCUAUUAUUCUCUUUUGUUAGGUUAGGUUAUAUACAGUUUUCAACGCAUGGCUUCGGAGAAUGUGAAGACCGGCGAAUCCGCCGUGACGACGAUCGUCAAUCUCGCCGAGGAAGCCAAGCUCGCCAGAGAAGGCGUCGUCAAGGCUCCCAGCUACGCGCUCGGUAGCAUCUGCAAGUCACUCGUAGCCGGUGGAGUCGCCGGAGGAGUGUCACGUACGGCAGUUGCUCCGCUGGAACGGUUGAAAAUUUUGCUACAGGUCCAGAAUCCUCAUAACAUUAAAUACAAUGGAACAAUUCAAGGCCUAAAAUAUAUAUGGAGAACUGAAGGUUUCCGUGGACUUUUCAAAGGAAAUGGUACUAAUUGUGCUCGAAUUGUCCCUAAUUCUGCUGUGAAGUUCUUCAGUUACGAGCAAGCUUCUAAGGGUAUACUGUAUCUGUAUCAGCAGCAAACUGGAAAUGAGGAUGCUCAGCUGACUCCUCUUUUACGACUGGGAGCUGGAGCAUGUGCUGGAAUAAUUGCUAUGUCAGCAACUUAUCCAAUGGAUAUGGUUCGAGGCAGGAUUACUGUGCAGACUGAGGCAUCCCCAUACCAGUACAGAGGAAUGUUUCAUGCUUUGUCUACUGUGCUUAGGGAAGAAGGUCCCCGUGCUUUAUAUAAGGGUUGGCUUCCUUCGGUUAUUGGAGUUAUUCCUUAUGUAGGUCUCAACUUUGCUGUGUACGAGUCUCUAAAAGAUUGGUUACUUAAAUCCAAUCCAUUUGGUCUAGUUGAAAAUUCUGAGCUGAGUGUGACAACACGCCUGGCUUGUGGUGCUGCUGCUGGAACUGUUGGACAAACUGUUGCUUACCCUCUUGAUGUUAUUCGUCGAAGAAUGCAGAUGGUUGGUUGGAACCAUGCUGCUUCUGUUCUAACUGCUGAUGGAAGAAGCAAAGUCCCACUUGAAUACACUGGAAUGAUUGAUGCAUUUAGAAAAACUGUUCAGCACGAGGGAUUUGGUGCAUUAUACAAGGGUUUGGUGCCUAACUCUGUAAAGGUUGUUCCAUCAAUAGCAAUUGCAUUUGUAACAUAUGAGGUGGUGAAGGACGUUUUAGGAGUUGAGAUCAGAAUAUCAGACUAAAGUUUGAUAACCACAUGGUAUCUGUUCACCUGGUGUGGUUUCUUUGUUUUUGUUUUCUUUUUUUGUAGGCAAGGGGAUGCAGAGAUGGUAACUUACAGUUAUUUCUUGUUUUUCAUCUCUUCAAGGAUGAGCUUAGAAACUCGUAGAGCUAGUGUCCAUAAAUUUAUUCCCUUGUUCUAUUUGUUUACCUUGUUCUAUUUGUCCAUAAUAAGUGUUGUGGAAAAACAAUGCAAGGACAUAUUUGCCUAGCUUUCUGCAUUAGUUGAGAAAGCAUUUUUCUUAGUGGAAUUUGCAUUAACUGAAA